CAUUAGGGUUAUUAUGUUCCUAAGUUUUCUGUGGUAUAUUUUCGUAUAUUUGAGGCUUCAAAGUGUUGAGAGCAUGCAUCCAGGAAAGAUAAUGGGAAUUUCUAUUCAACACAGAUUUUUAAAUUACCUUUUCAUCUGUUUAUUACAAUACACUUUCUCAAAUUAUAGAACUUGUACUCUUUAUCUCACUCAGUUUUUCCUUUGUAAAGAUGAAUGAAGAGCCCAGAACUUUUCCUACACUAAAUAAGAACUCUACGGUGAAGCACAAAAGAAAAAAAGAUAUUAAAAAUAAACGUAGUUCAAAGGAACUGCCAGUCAUCACGAAGGAGCCAAAACACCACAAACACAAAAAGCACACAACCACAGCAGACAAUAUCACCAGCAAAGAAGAUUCUUCACAUCUGCCAUGGAGGCUCAUUUCUAGUGUACUUGGUGUCAUGUUCCUUCUUCUGAUGGCUGGAACCAUCGUAGUGGCUGUUUUUACUGCAAACGCAUCUCCUGAAACAUUUCCUACAAUCCAGCAAGAAGGGCCUCACUGUCAACCUUGUCCCAAGGACUGGGUCUGGUUCAGAUGCAGUUGUUAUUACUUCUCUAUGGAAAAGCUAACUUGGAGCAAGAGUCAACAUGUCUGCUUAUCUCUAAACGCCAGUCUUGUGAAAAUAAACAGAGAGGAAAUGAAUUUCUUCUCCUUGAAAUCUUUCUUCUGGACUGGAAUUUACUAUAAGAAAAUUAAAAAUCAAUGGUAUUGGGAAAAU